AAUUCCUCUAGUUGCUAUCUUUUGUUUCAUGCAGAUACUAAAGUAAAGGCUCAUGUGAGAGACAGGGGGAGACAGAGAAAGGAGAAUAGAGCCAAUAGAAACCCCACCCAUCAGUAGGUGGAGGACUGGUUUGGAGGAGGAGCACUCAUAUCUGUACAGUACAGCGAGUACCUUCAGUGUUAGAGAAAGAGACGGAGUAAGGGAGGAAGGAAAUCUUAGUGCAGACAAAAGCGCUCUUUCUGGCUGGAGUUUGUUUACCACUUCCCGGGGAAACUUCACCAAAAACUCUGGGAUUUAUUUCACAUUUCUUUCACUUUUAGACGUUAAUGUGUUGCUCACUUUGGACCUGUGGAUCCUUUUUGGACUUGCAUUGAUAUUAUUAAGCCAUAUUUAUAUUACAGCAAACUUGUCAUCGUGUUAUUUUCGGAGCCAGCGGUGAUGUCCCACCACUGACAUGCACCAUCCGUCCAGACCACCAAACCGGUCCGAUGGCUCGGCCGCAGUAACGGCAACACAGGGGAGCGAAGGAGAUCCACCACCCGUCGGUGCCGCUGGAGCCUCAGCGCAAACCUCCCGUUCGAACGACUGCGGCGAGCGGAUUGGCCAUACCGAUUUCACCGGAGGAAGAGAGCCGGACUCGCCGUCCUGGUGCAGAACCAAAGCUAUCUCCCCUGUCGACAGCCUAGGCGUGUUUCAGAAGAGGUCUAUAUUCCACCUUCCUCGCCGCGCUUCAAGUGGAUAUUUCUCCUCUGAGGGCGACUCACUGCCGAGCUCCCCGCUCUCCCUGAGGCCAGUGACAGCUGACAGAGCUACGCAGACUCCGAGCCCCACCGGCCAGGUGAUGAACCAUGCCCUACAGCGCAUGGCUGGGGCGCAGGACGGAGGACCGACGACGCACCAGCAGCACGCUGGACAUGCACAUCACGUGAAGGACAAUCUCCUAGCCCCUCUAGCACGCGGCAACGAAACGCAGCAGGGGACAUGCAGGCGGAGGCAAUCGGACGAGAGCUCCGACGCAUUGGAGACGACUUCAAUAGACUGUUUCUGCUCAGGGGGGUGGCAGGCAGACAUAGACGGGUUGUGAUCCAUCCGAACCCGCUGCCACACAUCCACCAGGAGCCCACCGUGCUGCUCUGCGUGGGCCUUCUGAUCCUCCUGAUUGGACGAAUAAUCUACUUGCAAGGCAGUACAAACAGCCAGGACAACUCUCAGGUUUAGCCUUUGGAAAACCCAGCAGAAGUAGCGUAAUAAUGUAUCUGUAUUGAAUCCUUGUUGUUUUUUGGGGACCUGAUUUUUUUUCCAGUGGUGGAAGGAGACUUUGGACCCUGUUUAUCUUAAUUUCGAUGGAGAUAAUUUGUUGACACCUUUGAGGAGCUCUGAAAUGCCUGGAUUUGUGUUUUUUCACCUCUGCUCCUUCACGGUCUCUGAGCCUUUGCAAUGCUACCAAAGAGCCGGGAAUUUGCACUUCUUUCCAGCGCAGAGGUGGUCAUGUCACCUAAAUAUGCCUCUGUGCAAAAUGACGCCUGUGGAAAUUCAAAUGUGCCUUGUACAGUUUCCUAUUUACUUUUUUAGCUUCUUUUAAGGUGUUUUUAUUGUACAGAGAUUAUGAAUUCCUCGUGUGAUCAACUCUGCAGACCCAGGAUUGUUAAAUGUGGGACCAGUCUGCAGAUUUCCCCCCAUCUUUUCCCUCUGAUGGUUUCAGACAGAGAAAAAUGAUCUUGCACUCCUGUCUUGUCACGAUCCAACAUGCAGCAGACUGAUUUGUGUGGGAACCAACUGGCCCAAAGUAAUCAUUUUUAUCCACCAUUUUUAUCUAAACUACUGUGUCAUUUAACACUUUGUUACCAUGAGUUACAUGUCUGCUUAUGUCUACAUAGUAAGUUAAUAAGAGUCCACUGUACACCAGGGUUUCCAGCCACAGAAAUUAAUUUUAUCCUGAUAAUUUGAGAACUAAAUGACACUGGAAUCGACGUAAGAGAUCAUCAAAUGUCAUGACAUGAUUACUAUUUCAGGGAGAGGUGAGGUGGGUAAUAAAAAAGUUGCUGUUGUCCUCAGCAACAAAACACCUUGUUCUGGGUGGCAGUACAGCAUUUGGAUUGUAAAAGAGUGGAAUGUUUUGAGGGAAAGUCAUCAUCAAGAAAAGCAGAUCGUUGCUCGCAGACACAAGUAUUUUGUACUGUUUGUACCAACACGUGGUAGGGGAAACAAUGCACUCUGGACUGACGAGCACAAACAAGUAAUUAAAUUACCCAACUUUCCCUAAAGAAAUCAAUCCUGUCCGAAUACAGUUUAAUACUGCGUUUGUUUGCAUUCAUGAGCAAAGUGUCCAUUUUGUUUUGUGUGUCAUAUUUCAAUACCCUGGGUCAAGUUUAAGUAACAGUAGCUCCUCCCACCGGUUGGCUAAUAUGUAAUCAGGUAAUCUGUAAUCAGGAUUAUGAUCUCUUCAAAGGUACUUUCAAUCGAUGCACCAAUCCUGCAGUUUAAAAAAGUGAGAACGCAGUUCUUUGAAAUUUCCACUAGUUUUCUAAACAUCUAUAGACAUUUCUUAUCUUGGAAUUGCAAAAUUAAUGUUUUAUCUAUGUAUUUCAUGACUACUUUAAAAUUUUACAAUUUACUGAACCUGCCCAGACAGAUUUUAACCUCCGCAUUGAUCAGUUUUACACAAACAAAACCUCAAGCAUUGAUACUCGUAAGAUGAUACUGUACCAACUUUACCAAAUGAUACCAUCCUCCCUCUGUACUGAAAGAACCUGUGUGUUUCUGUAACCCCUAGAGCCAGGUUGAAUGGUGAAGACACGUCACUUCCUCCCUAUUGAUUUAAAAUCUAACAUGAGAUAACCAAGCAUUUUUAUAAUCAUUUUUAUCACCAAAUACAGUCAGUAUACAUGGAUUUACAGGAUGGCUAUAAAUAACAUAAAGCGUACUACUUUAUAUUUUCUACAGUCAUCCUGUAAAUCCAUUCCCUCUUUGCUCUGAUUGUUUUCAGCAUUAAAACAAAGAGUUUACACAACAGCAGGAGCAGAAUGCUUCAGCAUUCUUACAAUACUAUGAUUUGUAACUAAUAUGUUACUAAGCUGCCCGGUUAGUGAGUGGAACUCAAGAGCAAGAUAAUGAACAAAAUAAAUAAUGGAAUCAUGUCAAUCAUUUAAACCAUUAAACAGUGUCAUUUCCUGCUGUCUUGUUUACUAUUGUUCUGUUUGCAUUGUUUUAAUAUUUAAAGCAAUUUCCUGCAAUACAGUGAGUGGUCUGUCACUGUUUUUUGUUUCAGCCUCUGGAUUUAACAUUAGCAACACAGACUGAAUGUAGUUGGCAAGUAUUGGUUUGUUGACAAGGUUAUCCGUUUAUUAGCCCAGUGAUUCAGACCUGGCCAAGUCUCAUCAUGCCUGUCAGGUCAUUAAACACAGAACAGAUUUUUGGAUGACAACCAAACACGGAAUAAUGCAGAGUCAAAGAGGGGUUUGUCACUGACUAGUUAGCCAACAGUAAGAUAUCAAACAGUGGUUAUGCAGGCUUCAGAUAAGGUCAAUUUAUUCUUAUCUUUGAAAUCUUUAGGCUUAUUAAAACAUAUUGGUUCGGUUGUCAUGUGAGGAACCAGCAAAAGAAGCUAUUCUUUUUGUAUGUUUUAGGUCUUGGCUUACUAAAAUGCAUGUUACCACUUACAACUGAUUAAAACUGAACCGGAACAACUAUAUUACAGCCGAAUAGCUUGCAAAGGUUUAAACGCCAUUGCCAAACCAAUCAGUUAAUUGUCAUCAUUGAAGCCUUCUUUCUUUUAAAACCAAAACAUACUAUUUCAAAACACUUCCGAUUAAGCAAAAAUCUAUGUGUGGCUUUGCCAAGUUUGUUCAAUCAGUGUCAGAAAAGCUGUUUGACUGAGAUCUGAAUAUAAUAAUGACCGCACUCACAUUUAAAGCUUUAAUCUUCAAUGGAAGUUUGUCU